AUGAGUCAUCAAGAGAGAAGUGCCGGAAAGAAUGAGAGGGGUGAGAAAGAGAAAGAGAAGGAACCUGGAAAGGAGAGCACCAAAGAUCAAACACCUUUACCCCUUAAUCUCCAACGUAGGAAUGAGAGGUUGCCUUUUCCCCAAAGAUUUGCUAGGUCUAGGCUUGAUGUCCUAUUCGGAAAAUUUUUAAAUGUAGUAAAGAGCUUGCAUGUUUCUGUACCCUUUGUGGAUGCUAUGAAAGAGAUGCCUCACUACUCUAAAUUCUUAAAAGACCUUUUGAAGGGAAGGAGAGAAGUUGAAACCGUUAACCUAACCGCAAAUUGUAGUGUUAUUCUCUCUAGUAAGCUACCAACCAAAUUGCAAUAUCCCGGUAGUUUUUCCAUCCCGGGUUCUAUCAAUGAGGUUUAUUUGGGGAAGGCUUUGUGUGAUCUAGGUGCUAGCGUGAGUUUAAUGCCCUUCUUGGUCUACCAAAAGCUUAAUGUGGGAAGUCUUUCACCUACAAACAUCACCCUCCAACUUGCGGAUAGGUCCACAAAAUUGCCUAUAGAGAAGGUAAAGGACAUGCCCCUUAGAGUUGGUAAGUUCACUUUUGCGGUGGAAUUUUAUGUUCUUGAGAUGGAUGAAGAUGAAAGAAUUCCUAUAAUAUUAGGUAGGCCAUUUCUUGCUACUUCUAAAGCAAUCAUUGAUGUCAAAGAAGGUAAGAUGACCUUGAAGGUUGACAAUGAUUCUAUCGAAUUCGCUUUGAAUAAGGUAAUGAGACAACUUUCCUCUAGUAAUGAGUGUUUUAGAAUAGAUACAAUCGAAAAUUUGAUGAAUGAGUUUAAAUACCCUCAUAUGCAUGCUUCUAAUGAUCUACUUGAGAAUGUUUUGUUGAAUGAGAAUGAAGUAGGUGAUCAAAAGGAGAUGCAAUUAUAUGAGGAAAUGCUUGAUGAGAAAGAGGAGACAACCACCGACAAAGAGAUGCUCCAAACAUAUGAAGUCUUCGAAGUAGAAGAGGAAGAGAUCUCCAAUGGUAAGGGAGCUCCGAUGGUAGAAUUGAAACCUCUACCUUCGGGCUUGAGGUAUAUCUUUUUGGAUGCUAAUGAGGCUUCCCCGGUCAUUGUCAAUGCUAACCUCACGGAAGAGCAAACCUCCUCAUUGCUUAAUGUUUUGAAAAAGCGUAGGAAGGCUUUGGGUUAA